GCAACCCUCGGGAGAUACGCACACUCUUUCAGCAGUCUACCUCUCCACCUUUCUCCUCCCGGGGAGCAGACGGUAGUUUUAUCUGUCCGAGGGUCGACGAGGGGUUCUGGUGUCACUGAGUCCAGUAUUUUAAGGAGGAUUGGAUCGAGUCCGGGUCUGCAGAGCGCGCCGGCUGCAGGAUGAGGAAGGCGCUGUAGUUCAGGUGCAGCCUGUUGAUCGGCUCUGGACUUCCCUUUUAUUUCACAACCAGGACGCACGGAGCCGAGCUGACAGUUCCAGAUGGCUCCAGAAAAACCAACCUGGUUCUUCUCGGAGACGUCCUUCUCCACCCUGCAGCUCACCCCGCUGAGGCCAGGAAGGGUCUGGAUCUCCACCAGACCCAACUGACAGAUCCUCUCCACACCAGUCACAGAUGCCGCGAGGAGGCAACAUGCCUGUGGUUCGCAGGAGGGCGAACGCGCUCUGCGUGCUGAUGAUGCUCAAUGUCUUCAUCUGCGUUCUGAUGGGCGUGUCGUGGAACCUCAGGAACAACAAGAGUAACCGCCACAAGGUUCACAUCCCGACUGAGAGGUUUUGGCACCAACAGGUAGUGAGCAAAUCCUUCUGGAACAAGGAGCAGCAGCGCCUGGACUUCAUUUACAACCCCAACGUCAACUCUGUGCUCUCCAGCGACUCUCCAAUUGAGCUGCCGGAUUGGCUGAAUGACACCGGGCCGCUCAACCCUUGUGAACCAGAUUACAGAGUCCCCACACAAAUCUCGGACUACAACUCCCUCCCGCAGCGAUUCCAGGAUUUUCUUUUGCACAUGCGCUGCCGGACAUACCCCCUGCUGAUUAAUCAGCCGCAUGUUUGUGAUGAAAAACCCUUCUUGCUGCUGGUGGUCAAGUCACUGAUCCCGCAUUUUGAGCGGCGGCAGGCCAUUCGUGAAACAUGGGGGCGAGCGGGUGUCUUCGCCAAUCGGACUGUGGUGACGGUGUUCCUGCUAGGCAACACCUUGUCGUUGGACCACUUCCCAGACCUGCUGGGGAUGCUCAGCCACGAGGCAGAGCUUCACAAAGACGUCCUCCAGUGGGACUACAGGGACACCUUCUUCAACCUGACCCUGAAGGAGGUCCUCUUCCUGGGGUGGUUCAGCCAGAACUGUCCCCACGCCCAGUACAUCCUCAAGGGGGACGAUGAUGUCUUUGUCAACACCUUACGGAUUAUUGACUUCCUGGAAGGCCUGUCAAAGAACAAAGCCAAGGAUUUGUUCAUAGGCGAUGUUAUCAGCAAAGCCGGUCCACACCGAGACCGGAAACUCAAGUACUUUGUCCCAGAGAGCGUGUUUGAGGGGUUGUACCCGCCUUACGCAGGAGGCGGUGGAUAUCUGUACUCUGGGGAGUUAGCGCUUCGCCUUCACAACAUAUCUCGGCAGGUAGUCUUGUAUCCCAUUGACGACGUCUACACAGGGAUGUGUCUGGAAAAGCUGGGCCUGGUUCCUGAGAAGCACAAGGGCUUCAAGACUUUUGACAUUGAGGAGAAGUACAGGUCCAACCCCUGCAUCUACAGGAGCUUGAUGCUGGUUCACAGCCGGACGCCGCAGGAGAUGUUGACGAUCUGGCCGUGGAUUAUCAGCCCUGAGCUGGACUGCCAGUGAAACAUCUUUGUUCAACGAUUGUUUGCACUGUUCACUUGUCAUUUCAACAACCAAGCGAAAGCUCUGUAUUUUAAAGUUUCACAGUGUUUUCAAGUCUGUUGUUUUCUUUUCCAUGAGCUGUAUGUAAAAGAAAGCAUUUGGUGAAUGACUGCUCCAGAACCUGAAUUUGCAAAUAUUAGCAUGAUAGAAUGUGUACGCAAUACCUCUAAAGUCCUUUAAUUCUUGCACGCACAGUGACUGUACACAAAUGUUAGUGUUGGUAUGUAAACGUGUUAGCUUAUGCCAUGUUAGCAGGCAAAUGUUAGCAUCUAAUACCAUGUCCACAUCGAGUGUGCAACAUUAUACUUCUACUCCACUACACCUCAGGAGGAAAUAAUAUACUUUUUACUCCACUACAUUUGCCUGGCAAAUUUACUUUUCAGAUUAUAGUUUUUCAUGCCUUUAGUGUCCAGUGAAAACCACGUAUCUCCAGAUUGUGUGAAUGUUUGUGAUAGACUGAAGUGUUCCUUUAUGGAUUGAGAAAAUUCUUCUUCAAGUAAAUAAACAAUUUAAAAUCCCCUUUGGAUUAGCUGGAAAAUGCAUCGUUACAAAGCUGAAAAAUGGCUCCGGGUUCACACGCAUCCUGGAAAGUCUGGAAAUUUAGAGACUAGUUUUUAAGAUUUAAGAUUUAAUUUAAAAUUAUUAAAAUGACCAAAUAUCCUGGAAAUGAAUAUCUUGUCCUGGAAAACUUUAAUUGUAUGUCAGCCCGACUCAGAUCACAUAAAUCUGGGUGAGUUAGUUGCUGUUGAUUCAAUGUCAGUCAAAAGUUGUUGCAGCGACCUUUUGGCAUCAGGUCUACUUUGGAAAUGCUCUCAGAUCUACAAUCAUACAGCCUGUUAUCAAUGAUCAAAUUUACAUUUGUUGUUUGUGGUUGAUCAGUGUUAAUUGUACGUCCAACGAAAGCAUAUACUUUGUUAUACUUUUUUUUAUAGGCUUAUAGGUGAAAAGAUGGAUUUUCUGUAAAAUAAAAUAAUUUUACUUGA